CUCUGCGAUUUGCCAUUUCUGUGUCAGCUACAGCUUUGAGCGGAGCUCAACAGGGGGAUCACAAUUAUAGAUCCCGAAUUUCCACUGUUUCUUUAUUUUUCAUCUUCUUCGUCGACAUCAUUCGGCCAUUCAUUAUCGUGGGUUCCUUGCUUUCUCUCUCUAUAAGACGCAUUGCCCUAUCUCCCUCUUCCUUUUGGCUCUUCGUGCACUCCCCAAAGUUCUCUCCUUUGACUUGCAGAAGUGAGAGAGAGAGAGAGAGUGGGCAGAGGGCUCUUUGGUUUUGUCGAAUUGGGUUCGGUUUUCCUUCGUCUCCUAGAUCCAUAGCUCUCCGGAUUCUGGGGUUACCCGGUUGAUGCUCUGCUGCUGACGAGCUGCUCUGGUUGUGUCGAGCUCGUCCCUAAUUCGCAUGGAUCCGAAGAAAUCGCGCGACUCGGCCGAGUCGGCUCGCGCGGCGCAGUUCCCGGACGAGGUCUUGGAGCGGGUGCUUUCGCUCCUGGCCUCGCACAAGGACAGGAGCGCCGUGUCCCUCGUCUCCAAGACCUGGUACAACGCCGAGCGGUGGUCCAGGACGCGCGUCUUCAUCGGGAACUGCUACUCGGUGACGCCGGAGAUCGUCGCCCGUCGGUUCCCCAACAUCCGCAGCGUCACGCUCAAGGGGAAGCCCAGGUUCUCCGACUUCAACCUCGUGCCCCAGAAUUGGGGCGCCGACAUCCAGUCCUGGCUCGCGGUGUUCGCGGAGCGGUACCCGUCCCUCGAGGAGCUGAGGCUCAAGAGGAUGACCGUGACGGACGAGAGCUUGAAGUUUCUAGCUCUGAAAUUUCAGAACUUCAGGGCUCUCUCGCUCAUGAGCUGUGAUGGGUUCAGUACCAAUGGUCUUGCGGCCAUUGCGGCUCGCUGCAGGAACUUGACUGAGCUGGAUAUUCAAGAGAAUGGCAUUGAUGAUAAUAGUGGUGACUGGUUGAGUUGCUUUCCUGAGAACUUUGUGUCUUUGGAGGUGCUCAACUUCGCAAGUCUAAGUAGUGAUGUUGAUUUUGAUGCUCUCGAGCGGCUCGUAAGUCGGUGCAAUUCACUGAAGGUUCUUAGGGUUAAUAGAACUAUUACACUAGAUCAAUUACAGAGGCUGCUUGUCCGUGCUCCUCGGUUAACUGAGCUUGGUACUGGCUCGUUUUUGCAAGACCUUAAUGCUCACCAGUACUCAGAACUUGAACGAGCUUUUGGUGGUUGCAAGAAUCUACACACGCUCUCUGGAUUACAUGAUGCUACGGCAUUGUAUCUCCCAGUUCUCUACCUGGCUUGUGCAAAUUUGACUUUCCUGAAUUUAAAUGAUACUGCUUUGCAAGAUGAAGAACUUGCCAAGGUUCUUGUUCACUGUCCUCGUCUUCAGCGCCUCUGGGUACUUGACACUGUGGGAGACGAAGGACUGGAAGCUGUUGCACUGAAUUGUCCACUCCUCGAGGAGCUUCGGGUCUUCCCAGCCAACCCUUUUGACGAGGAAGUUAAUCAUGGCGUUUCUGAAUCGGGGUUUCUUGCCGUGUCGUAUGGCUGUCGGAGACUCCGCUAUGUACUGUACUUCUGCCGUCAGAUGACAAAUGCAGCUGUAGCCACGAUUGUGCAGAACUGCCCUGAUUUUACCCACUUCCGUCUUUGCAUAAUGAACCCAGGGCAACCUGAUUAUGUAACAAAUGAACCUAUGGACGAGGCUUUUGGUGCAGUUGUGAAGACUUGUACUAAACUCCAGAGGCUUGCUGUUUCAGGUCUCCUAACUGACCUGACAUUUGAGUAUAUCGGUAGAUAUGCUAAGAAUCUGGAAACGCUUUCUGUAGCUUUUGCUGGAAGCAGCGACUGGGGUAUGCAAUGUGUACUGGAGGGUUGUCCAAAGUUGAGAAAACUUGAGAUAAGGGAUUGUCCAUUUGGCAAUGCAGCUCUUCUCUCUGGAUUGGAGAAGUAUGAGUCUAUGAGGUCUUUGUGGAUGUCGGCAUGCAAAGUGACAAUGAAUGGGUGUGAGGUACUGGCUAGGGAGAGGCCUAGAUUGAAUGUUGAAGUAAUGAAGGAUGAGGAGAGCAGUGAUGGUCAAGCAUAUAAAGUUUAUGUUUACCGCACUGUUGCUGGACCAAGGAGAGAUGCCCCACCUUUUGUUUUUACUCUCUAAAAUGAUUAUUUCAAGGCAUUUUGUUGCCAUGUGAAUUUUGUCUGAUUGAAGUGGAGAGCACCGGUGCAGAGAGUCUUUGAGGGUGCGGAAUUAACACAAUGCUCGAACAUUCUGUUACCUUGGUUUCUGCAGAUCAGCUAAUUCCAGAUUGUGAGGGCAAACAAAAUGGAUCCAUCUGGUGGGAAAAAUGAAGUGCAAGUGUCCUCCUCCAUUUGCUUGAAGGUGCUGGAAAGCGUAUGAUGCAGUUGGUGAGACGGAGUUCAAAAGAAACACCAGAGAUCUCCCAAAUGUUUCGGAGCAUCGGCAGACAGCUCGGGGACUUGAGAGGAGCAUGAACCCAUCAAUUUUGACCUUGCAAGCACAUCAAUCUCUGUAACAUUCUUCAUCAAUUGCAAGACAUCAACAGCCAAGAGAAAAAGAUGAGGGUGAUGUUCCUGAUGUUUUGACUCAUCUUUCCUUCAGUUGACUUCCAUCCACAGCAAUUGCAAAGAAUCCUUUCUGGACCUCUUGCUUGCAAAUAUGUGAUGGCGAAGUUAUUCUCAAACUUGAGUGAAGAUAGCUGUUGAAGCUAUGGUAUAUGAGAGAACGUGGGUCGGGUUCCGAGGUGCUGGUGGCGACGUCCAAUACGCUUCUUCUCAAUGAUCUUCUCCGAUCGCUACAUCUCUGUGAGACUUUUUCCAUUUAUGCGGACGACAAACACAUUUCCAGAUUUGGAGGUUUUGGCAUUUCAGAUCAGUGUCUGUACCAAGAUCGAGACUGUCAACUGUUCUUUUUUUGCUAGAAUGUCAACUGGAUUGUAUGACAUUUUCAGCCGGAAGCAUCCACAAGUGAUUCCGGCAAUCAUUCGCGAGUCGGGUUUUAGUUUUUCUUUUAACGGGAAAAUAUCAAAUAAAAGUUCCAAAUUU